CGUCCAGUGCGUAAAAGCUACACGGCGCUGCUGACAGUGCAAAGACGCAAGUUGGAGACUGUACACUUCGGCCACGCAAUUCCUCUUAACAGGCCACGCGAAGGUGCAUGGCCCCAUCCCCUUGUAUCAUGAUGAAUCCUGUACAGGGGCCGCCGUCGCAAGACGCCAAACAGACUAACCAAAAAGAAGAGACGGACACGGAGGGCGAGGAGCUCCAGCCGAAAGACAUGACAACCGAGAAAGGAUACAAACACCAGCGGAGCAGCCUCCCGUUUAGCGUUGAGUCGUUGAUUUCCAAGAAGACCACCUGUCGGACUUCUCACUCUCCUUCAGAUUUAGCUGUGGUACUGCCGAAGCCCGCGGCAGGGCAAGGCGCGCAGUUCUCUCCAAGGACUUUUUACGCAGAGAGGAGGGUUUCAGCGGAGAGCUCACAUGGAGUUUCACAUGGAGAGGACAGUCCGCAGUUUUGUGAGAAAGAGCAGAGCACUUGGUUCCAAACGUCCUCCUUUACUACACCUCCUCGGAGCACAAGUCCAACUCAAUGUACCUUAAGGAAACACAAAAACAACAGAAAACCUCGCACGCCCUUUACUACCUCCCAGCUGCUGGCAUUGGAGCGCAAGUUUCGCCAAAAGCAGUACCUCUCCAUCGCCGAGAGAGCAGAGUUCUCCAACUCUCUCAACCUGACGGAGACUCAGGUCAAAAUCUGGUUUCAGAACAGGAGAGCAAAAGCCAAGAGACUACAGGAGGCCGAGCUGGAAAAGUUUAAACUGGCCUCCAAGCCCGUCCUGCCUGCCUUCGCGCUGCCUUUCCCCCUCGGAGCGCACAUGGGCUCUCCGACGUGGAGCCCGUCAAACGCAUUCCCGAGGCCCAGUCUUCCGGUCCCAGGACUGUUUAGUGGACCAGUUACUUAUGGGAUGUACUAUCUUUCUUAGUAUUUUGUGUGUUUAGAAAUGGUUGCAAUACACUUAUGAACGACGAUGAUGCGUCUUUUUAAGCCCACAUCUUAGAACAAUGUUUGGUUCUAUUUUCAGUUUGAAAACUUCAAACUGAGGGCAGUUAAAACGCGCGAGCAAUUUUAUAGAAAUGUCUACGUAUGUUGGAUUAAGCGCGUUCACUUGCUCUCCUUAAUGUGUGCCCAUUUAUGUUGAUUGUGGCUUCAUGGGCUUAAAUACUUGGAUAAAACUCCAAAGUAGACAUCAGGUUAAUUAACAACAUGCCUUAGAUCAUUGCAUCCAUCCGCUGUGGUUUGUGACAUUUAAAUGUUUCUGGAGUUGAAGGAAAUAAUCAUCCAAGUGUGAGGAAGGAAAUAAAAAAGAAAAAAGUACUUAGUCGGUGUGAGUGCCUUAAGACCAAGAAGUGU